AUGCAGCUGCAAGAGCACCAGUGCCGGCUACAGGAGAUGCAACUACAGCAGCAGGAGCAGCAGCUGGAAGCUCAACAGCGCGAAAGGGAACGCCAGGAGAGGCUCGAUGCAUUGCGAGAACAGCAGCGGCAGUUUGAUAUGCAAAGAAAGAGGCAGGCACGGACAGAGUGGACAGAAUCGCGCCAGCGUGCCGUGACGGAGCAGAGCGGCUCACAGGCUAUUGAACAGCCACCACCCGAGUAUGAGGCUUCCAGUGUGUCUGUGUCGGAGGACCGGGAGGUGCUCCAGAGGCCCGACAUGAAGCGCGGCGGUGGCGGUCCUGGACAGGUCGGCCUUGGAUCUCCGAGGCAAGGGGACGAGUGCAAAGGCGUCUUGCGCCGGGGAGCAUUUGUGGCGCUCCUGUGCCGCUGCCGAGUAUUGCGCUACGCUGCGCUCCCCCGUGUGGACGGCAAAGUUUUCGCCAUCACCGGCACGACAUCUGGUACUGGCUUUGUGGCCGCAUGGGUCGUGGCCGAGCUGGGCGGAACAGAUUUCGAGAGUGUCCGGAAAGCCGCAGCCGAGAUCAAGUCCAAGUAUGAGAAGGCAACCAAAGACGGCUAUGACACACAGAUGCAGACGAAUCACCUCUCGCACUUUCUGCUCGCAGCGGAGCUCUUCCCCUUGUUACAAGCCGAAGCCGAAGCCACCGGGGAUGCUCGCAUUGUGACUCACUCCAGUCUUGGACGUCUUCACACUGUGAACAAAGGUUUGGAGGAGAAAUACUUCGGGAAGAACGGUGGCAACCUGGGCGGAGACUCAAUCAAGAUGAUGGGCGGGGCCUGCUACCAUCGCUACUUCCAGACGAAGUUGGCCAACUCCGUCUUCACUUACGGGCUCCACGAGAAGCUGAAGGCCAAGAACUCCAAAGUCAGGUCCUUGACCUGUCACCCAGGUGGAUCUGCCACGAACCUCUCCAAUGGCCUCAAGUUCGGAUGCUGCAUGGAUUGCUUGAUGAGCUGCUGCAUCAUGCCUUGUAUGGCCCAAGCCCCGGAGGAUGGUGCCAUGGGUCUCAUCAAGUGCAUGAUAGAUCCUGAGGCGGUGAGUGGAACACUCUAUGGCCCAAAGAACAGCGGCUUGACGGGCCCAGCCGUUGCCAACCCUACCUUUGACUACGAGACGGAUCCCAAGGCUAUCGAGAUGCUGUGGCGGACAAGCGAGGAGGCCACUGGCGUGAAGUUCGACGUCUGA